UCUAGACGUGGUUUAUAUUCUUGUUCCUCCCGUUUGUUUUUAUUGUAUCAUACUUAUCUAUCUACUUUUAUACAUAUCAGACGGGUUUUAUCUAUAAUUAUUUACUCAUUUAUUUGUUUGUUUGUUUGUUUAUUUAUUUUUUCGUUUUAUUAUCCUUAUACCUUAAUAUUGGUGUACCUACCUAUUUCUACUUUAAUACCGCUUUAUACACUCACAAUAAUCACCUCUGCAAUAUAACACUCAUCCCAUCUCUCAAACCCAAAAACCAAAAACCACAACCCAGAAAAAUGGCCAUAACCCAUCCAUCCAGCCCCCCAACAACCAACCAAACAAAACCCUCCUCCCCUCCCAAACAACCCCCACAAAUAACCCUCCAUCCCCUCACCAAAUCCGAUCUCCCCGUCUAUCCCUCCUGGAACAUCUGGCUUACGGUUGAGGAGGAACAGUUGGGAAAGUUUUGGAGAGGAUUGUUGGUUUGUUAAGGCGGUUUUGGGGAUGGUGAUGGGGAAGAGGGAGGGAAGGGGAGGGAAGGAGGGUGAGGUGAGAUUGUGGGGUUCUGGGGUGGAUGAGCGGGGUGGGGAGAAGGGAGGGGAGAGGAAUGAGGGUUGUGGGAAUGAGGAUGGGAAGCAGGAGGAGAGGGGAAAGGGAAAGGGAGGAAGUACCUGAAAUAUCUGACAUUCCUAAAGUAAAACAAAAGAGGAAUUAGAAGAGAUAUGGGGAAAGGAGUAAUUUUAAAUUGUGUGAGGAUGUGUUCGUUAGGGGGGAUGAAUAUAUGUUUAAGGCUUGUGGGAAGGAAAGGUGGUUGAGUAUGUAUAUUUCUUCUUCUUCCUUUCCUUCUUCCCCUCCUCCUUUUCUUCCCGUUGUUUAUAUAUCUGUACCUAUUCCAAUUCUUAUACCAUUCCCCAUCCUCCACAUCAUCACCACCCCCACUUCACACCACACCCCACCACUAACACCUCCCUCCCACUCACCCAGAACUCAACAUCCUCAUAAUCCACCCGCACUACCAACGCCAAGGAAUCGGCACACGUCUCCUCACCCAAGGACUACAACUCGCCGACUCAGGCGAACCCUUCCCUCUUUCCAUCUCCUCUCAAACCUCUCCAUCCAAUAUCCAAACUCACCCACACCCACAACCUAAACCGCCUAUCCAAGUAAUCCUAGGAGCUAGUCCCUGGGGCAUCGGUCUCUAUCGAAAACACGGAUUUCAAGAAGUUUAUUCCAUGGAUAUACGAUUGGAUUUGUAUGAAGGGGAGAGGGAUGGGAAGUACGAGUCAUGUUAUUAUGAGGAGGGGGCCUCGUGGUGGUUGUGAGGGAGGGAGGGAAGAAACGGGGAGGAGGGAGAUGAAAGAGAGGAGAGAGGAGAGAUGAUUAAUAGAUGAGUAGCGAAGGAUAGGAAAAGGUUAAGAAGAGAAAGUGUAAUGGAUUUUAGUUCCUACGCUAGGAGUUUUAGGGGGGUAAUUCGAGGUACCUGUAGAAGGAAGAAAUUUAGUUGUGAUCUUAUAUCGGGCGGGGUAAUUGGUUAAUCGAUUUAUUCAUGUUCUUAUAUUGGAUAAUUUAUUUAGCUUCUACAACUCGAUUGACUAUUAAAUACUAUGUCU